AUGGCCCCAGUUCAAAAGGACAAUGCCAAUGCUGAGGAUGACGUGGGCAACGUGAAAGCAAAGGAGGCUACGCCUUCAGAAGCCCCAUCUUUUGCUGAGAUUGAUGACAAGACCAACCGACGACUUCUUCGAAAGAUCGAUUGGAAGCUGAUGCCUGUUCUCUGUGCCACGUACGCGUUGCAGUACUAUGACAAAGCCAUUCUCAGCCAGGCUGCCAUCUUUGGCCUACGAAAGGACCUCAGCCUUCAAGAUGGCUUGAAAUACUCUUGGGCUACUCUGAUUUUUUAUUUUGGAUAUAUUGCUGGAACAUACCCACUCUCGUUCAUGGCACAAAAAUACCCCCCUCGUUUCGUUUGUACGGGCAUUUGCGUCCUCUGGGCAGUCGUUGUUCUCACCACUCCUGCAUGUAGCUCCUACCAAGGUCUGCUGGUCAACCGCUUCUUCUUGGGGCUCAUUGAGUCGGGCGUCUCCCCUAUCUUCAUGCUUGUCGUUGGCCUCUGGUAUACCCAUUCGGAACAAGUAUUGCGAUCCAGUUACUGGUAUUCGUUCAGCGGUGGCUCCCUGUUAGUAUCGCCUCUCAUCAACUACGGUCUAGGCCACAUAUCCGGAGGAUCACUACACUCAUGGCAGUACAUGUAUCUCAUUGCCGGAGCAAUUACUUUUCUAUGGGGAAUCAUUCUCUGGUGGGUGUUUCCAGACACACCUCACAACGCCAAGGGCUUUACAGAGGAAGAGCGAAAAUUGUUGGAGGAACGAGUUCGCGCCAACAAUGCUGGAGCCGAAAACAAGCACUUCAAGGCUUACCAGCUGAGAGAAGCUCUGACGGAUUACCAUCUCUGGGGCAUCAUCAUCUUGUCCACAGUGUCUUGCACUGGCUCAGGUGUUGUCACUGCCUUUGGCUCCAUCAUCUUCAACGGCAUGGGCUUCGACAUUUUCACAUCGCUGCUGCUGAAUCUGCCUAUUGGCGCCUUGGCCUUUAUCUGUAUCCUUGGCUCAGGUUACUUGGGUCGCACGUUGCCUAACGCUCGGUUCUACAUUAUCGCGGCCGCAUGUUUCCCAGUCAUCAUUGGCUGUUGUCUUCUUUGGCAACUGCCCGAUUCUAACCGGGGGGGUCGCAUUGCCGGCUUCUACCUGAUUAAUUUCUUUUCAUCCGCAUGGGUUCAGUGCAUUGGUCUAGGCACAUCAAAUGUAGCCGGCCAUACCAAAAAGGCUGUAUACGCUGCAGGCACCUUUAUUGGCUUCUCGUUGGGUAACAUUAUCGGUCCGCUGAUUUUUGACGCUAAAUGGGCCCCGCGUUACGACCAAAGCUUCAUCGGAGUCCUGAUCUGCUUUUCUGUUUGUUUCGUUGUUGCCCUGUGUCUGCGGUUCGCGCUGGCAAGAGAGAAUCGGGAGCGAGAACGCACCUAUGGUUCUCCGGAAAUUUCCCACGGUUUGCAGGAUUUGACAGACCGUGAGAACAAGUCCUUCAGAUAUAACUUGUAA